AUGGACCACCCCAGGCACCUACCCUCUAUCGAUGGGCAGACCCUUAAGGGCGAACGCAGCGGGUCCGAAGCCUCUCCAAGGACACCUCCUAAUGCAUUCCAAUCGGAAAAGCAGGACACACCAGGCUCGGAUUCACUUCCAGGCGAAUUCCCCAAUGCCGCGAGGAAGGCCUCCCUGGCUGUCCAUGGACCACGAAAGUGGUUGGGUUUGGCGCCCCAUGCUGAGCUCCCUGAUGAGGUCAACCACGCCGAGCACAGCCAUCUCUGGUGGUCAAAGGUCAAGAUCCUGCUGAAGGAGCCAUUCGCGGAGAUGUGGGGUACUUUUAUCUUGGUUCUGUUCGGUACGUACCCGCUCACACGCAACGCGAGCGAGAAUUACGCUGAUUUGGACAAGGUCUUGGUGGUAUUGCGCAAGUGUCUUUGAGCAAGAACCAGCCAAAUGCUACGGACGGCUUCGGCUAUGGUGACUGGCAGAGCAUCUGUUGGUGCUUUGGUCUGGGUCUCAUGUUGGGUAUCUACGUUGCCGGUAACAGUGGUGCAUUCCUCAAGUGAGUCUACACUGCAGAUGAACAAUAUCGAGAAAACAUGCUAACGGCGUUGAAAAGCCCCGCCGUGACCCUGACGAGCUGUAUGCUGCGCAAGCUCCCAUGGCGACGUCUCCCUUUGUACUGGAUUGCGCAAUUCCUUGGAGCUUUCCUCGCGGCCGGUGUCGUCUAUGCCAACUACAUCAAUGGCAUCAACGCCGUUGAAGGCCACAACAUUCGUACCGUCACAGGUAACACUUCCACCGCCGGCAUCUUUGCUACAUACCCUACCAAGGAUCUCAAUGGUGUCACCGGCAGCGCCUUCCUCGAGCAAUUCAUCGCAUCUGCCGUUUUGAACUUUGUCAUCUUCGCUCUCCAGGACGACUCCAACAAGGGCAGCUUCGUCGCCAGCGGUGCCUGGUUUCCACUCGGCCUGUUCUUUUUGAUGGUGAGAUAAUGCUCCGCUCUAUCCAUCCCACAACCCACUUACUAACAACACUCGCAGUUCGGUAUCGCCGCGGCCUUUGGCUGGCAAACCGGCUUCGCCAUCAACCCCGCCCGUGACUUCGGCCCCCGCCUCAUGUCCUACGCCGUCGGCUACGGCAACGAAGUCUGGACCGCAGACAACUACUACUUCUGGAUCCCCCUUGUGGCGCCCUUCAUCGGCUGCUUCUUCGGCGGCGCCCUCUACGACAUCUUCAUCUACACCGGCGAAUCCCCCAUCAACACUCCUUGGUUCGGCCUGGGAGAUCUUGUCAACCCAUACAAGAGCGCCAAGACUCGUCUCGCGAGGCAGAGGCAGGAGGAAAUUGUUUAA